GUACUCUCAAAUUGUCUUGAAUUAUUGACAAGUUGAACAGUUUUCUCUCAAGUUUAACCAGAUAUAUCAUUAAAAUGGAGCAAGACACACUCGAAGAUUAUUUAGGAAUACCAGGAUUAAACGAAAAGAAUGCCCAUAAAUUCAAGAAUAUUCUUACGACUGCCCAAAAAAGAAAGGAAUGUGAACGAAAAGCACUAGCAAUCGUGCAGUUAUUGUUACAGAAAAAUGUGAGUGCUGAAUUAUUCCUAAAAAGUCUUAGAUUUUUAAAUAAAUCUUAUUACGAGGAUGUGGCCGAAGAGAGGGGUUUGAUAGAGUUUUGCGGUUAUCCCCUUUGCGGUAAAAGUAUCAAAAAAACUAAUUAUAAAUACCAAAUUUGUAGCAAGUUAAAUAAGGUGUACGAUUUGGAACAAUAUGGUAAUUUUUGCAGUUGUCCAUGCUAUGAUGCUAAUGAACAUAUUAAGUCCCAGAUCCUGGAUAGUCCCCUAUGGUUGAGAGAUGAUGAAGACAUUCCAAAAUUCAACUUAUUGGUCCGAAAGAAGAAUAGUGGUUCUGUUGGAAUUGAUAUCAAAUCGAAAAAGCCAGAAAAAAAUGAUGAAUUCAUUCCCAUUUCAUCAUUCGCAAAAUUAUCUCUAGAAGAUUUUGGUGAUAUUGAUAUUUCCGUCACAGCAAUGAAUAAUAAACCACAAGCAUCAGUAACAAAAAAAAUAUAUACCAAAUUAUCAACUGUCAUGGAAAAUGAAGAAGAAAUAGUAAAUAUAGAUGAUGAAAAUACACAUAGUGAAUCAAGUAAUACUGAAGAAAGUAAUGAUAAUACAAAUUCUAAGGGAAAAGAAUUGAAGGGCAUAGAUAUUCUCAAAGGAAAUAAGAAGAAAGCAUCCCCAAUAAAACUUGCAAAUUAUACUGCACCAAAUAUUUUAAAUAAUUCAAAAGAAAAUGGAAAGAAACAAACUAGACAGAAGAGUGUUCCUGUAAAAGCUCAAUGUCUGAAGACUAAUAAAGAUCUUACAUCCAAAGAUUUGAAAAGUAUUACUGAUAAAAUAAAAAGAAAGUCUUGUAAACCGAAAAUGACAACAUUGAUUGAUGCGUUACCAAUUAACCUUGCCAAAGGUGAAGUUAAAAUUAUUGAUAAUGUAAAUGAAGUAGAAAAGUCAUAUCUCAAGAACAAGUCUCUGAUGGAAUUGAAAUUUUUAUUGAAAGAUUCAGUUUCAGCUGAAAAUAUCAUAAGAUGUACCCUAAAAAAAUGGAUAACUUUGGAAACCCUAAUAUUUAUUCAUGGUGAGAAAAAAAUAAAAGAAAUUCUCGAUGAGAAUAAAUUAACGGAACAUUUUGAAAAACUAAAAAUUCAUCAGUUAGAAAUAGAACAACAAAGGAAAUAUAUCGAUAUAUGUAGAAAAUUGUGUGAACAAGAAAUAUUUGAAGAAAAAGUUGAGGGUUUAAUGAUUAAAAAUAAACUCAAGCCAAUACCAGAUUAUAAUGCCUUAAAGAAGGAAUCAAAGGAACUCAUCAUUAAAGUGAACACAUUUUAUAAAGGGAGUUUGUGUGAAACUCCUGAUCCAAACUUUGGAUCGAACAGAAUAGAAGAGGAGACUGAUGGUCAAGAACAGUCUCUCCUUCCUUUACCUGAUGUCACUUCUCAGAAUGCCGAAAGAUACAAAAUUUUAUCCGAUGCAUUCGAUAAAAAUAUAAAUUCCAUACUGAAAUUCAUCAAUUACGACUCACCAUUCUUUUUAACUCAGAUGCACAAACUGAUUAAAACUUUCGACUUGGAUGCAAAAAAUAUCGUCUUUAAACCUGCGAUUGGAAAUUAUUUGAGCCUCAUUUGUUUGAGGAUAUUGUCAAUUAAAGAUUCUACAUUGCAUGAAGAGUUGGAGAAAAAAGAAUUCUCGGAACUUGAAAACUCAGUAUUUGAACAAUUUCCAGGAAAAAAAAAUGUUUUGACUGAUACUCUGAAAUUAAUUAAUGAUAUAGAUAAUUUUGUAGAAUCUAGUGUUAAAUCAUAAUAUUGUUGAUAUUGUCUACAUGUACAGAUGUAAAUAUAAUUUAUUGUAAUAAAAAACUAAUUAAA